CUCUUCUCCAUCACCUUCAUUUGCAGCUAUUCAAAGCCUUGAAAGUGGAAACCUCUUUUAGCUAAUUCCUUAAUAAGAGUCCUUUUACCCUCACUCUCAUAGUUCUUUUACCUUAUUCUAGGAACAUAAACAAACAGUAGAGAGAUUAAUUUUUGGUGCCAAGCGUUUACUGAUUAUACUCAUUAGCUUCUCUUCAUCUCCACUUACCACUUUUGUUAACGUCUCAAAACCCCCAAAGUUCACUUAAUUUUUAAUUUCUGGGUUUGGUAUUUUUUUAGGUAUGGUAACGGGUGGUAACACAAUUCAAAACCUUAACUACCGAGAAAAUGGGGAUAAUGACCCAACUAAGAGAGGUGCUUCUAGGUCGUGGGGCACCGCCGUUUCAGGUCAAUCCGUUUCCACUAGUGGCAGUGUUGGUUCUCCUUUCAACCGGAGUGAGCUGGCUAUGGCUACGCCUGCCAGUGAGAGCACCUUUUUAAGACCGAACCACCUCGAUCUUCACGGAGAUGAUGCUGGAUCUCAAGGUGUUGCCGGUAGUAAAAAGAAAAGGAGAGGUCAACGUGCGGUUGGAGGUGAUAAGAGUGGCAGAGGGCUCCGUCAAUUUAGCAUGAAAGUGUGUGAAAAAGUGGAAAGCAAGGGAAGAACCACAUACAAUGAGGUGGCAGAUGAACUUGUAGCUGAAUUUUCUGAUCCAGGCAGUAGUGUAGCAUCACCUGAUCAGCAGCAGUAUGAUGAGAAGAACAUUCGGCGAAGGGUUUAUGAUGCUCUUAAUGUACUAAUGGCAAUGGAUAUUAUAUCUAAGGAUAAAAAGGAAAUACAGUGGAAGGGACUUCCUCGUACUAGUUUGAGUGAUAUAGAAGAUCUAAAGACUGAACGGCUUGGACUGAGAAGUAGGAUUGAAAAAAAAGCUUCCUAUCUGCAUGAAUUGGAGGAACAGUUUGUAGGUCUUCAGAAUUUGAUACAACGGAAUGAGCAAUCGUACAGCUCAGGAAAUGGUCCCAGUGGUGGUGUGGCUUUACCUUUUAUCCUGGUGCAGACACGCCCUCAUGCAACUGUUGAGGUAGAAAUAUCGGAAGAUAUGCUGCUGGUGCACUUUGACUUUAAUAGCACUCCAUUUGAGCUCCACGAUGACAAUUAUGUUUUGAAGGCUAUGAAACUCUGCGAGAGACCAGAGAGUGGUGAAACCACACACCAUUUUUCUGCAGAUGGUGAAGGCUCUAGCAUGUCCACAAUGUGCCAGCAACAGAUCCUUCCUUCUCCAAUGACAAGCAUUCCAGGUAGGCCUCCUACAUCACCGCCGCUCCCCGGAAUAUUAAAAGCAUGUGUGAAGCAUGAACAUUGAUAGUCAAGUUCCAUGCCAAACACCAUCGAAAACAAUCCAUUUGUACAUUGUGUAAAGUAAUUUGCCAGAAGCCUCCCCUGUAAGAUUGUCUUCACCUCACAAAAUUUUACCCCACAAUAAGCCAGAUGACUCCAAUUUCUCGAAGGGUUUUCGUAGGACAUCGAUUCAGGCAAGUCCUUUCAGCUUUUACAUCAUCAAAUCAGGUCUUGUAAUUUUUUUAAUCGUAUUUUCCCUUGUUAUUUUGACCUCACUGUAGUAGAAAUGACCUUAUUUUGUAUUAGAGUGUAGAGGUUGGUUGCCCAUUGCAUACAGAAUCAUAGAAUGAACUAGUUUGUUUUGUUUUUUAAACUGCGUUUCCCAUAUUAAUUCUUUGUGAAAUUACAAGGUAGGUAAGUAAAUAUUAUACA